AUGGCGCCUCCAAGAGCUCCUCGCGGUACUCCAUCACAGCCAGCGCGCGAGGGCCGCAACUCCACAUUGGGUGCCAAAACCUCGCGCGGCGGUGGAAUCCAGAAGCGCAAAGGUGGCAGAACCCAAACCGACAGAGAUGGAGAUCUCGAUAUGGGGAGCGGCGCCGGAGGAAGCGGCACACGCCGUCCAAACAACAGAGGAGCGUCAGACGAUUCCAACAAUUCGAGACCUCAGCGACCGGCGAGAUCCAACGGUCCCCCCACCAAGCCAGGCUCGAAAGUGCACCAGGCGAUUGCUCGACACUUGGAUACUGGCGAUGGAAAUGACCUGGUCUCGAGAAGGAAAGGACAGGGACCUGGUCUCGUCUGGCUGAGUGUCAAGGGUUUGAAGGAGAGCAAAGCAGCGAGCAACAACGACGGUGGACUGCGGGAUCUGAUCAUGUUUCUGGAGCGGAAAGCCACGACUCUGUCCGGUCGCAAUAAAACGGUGCACAUCAAGAAGUCAAGUCUGAAGGGGGAUUUGGUCAGUGUUGCAGCAAGCAAGGAAGAUGCGGAAGAAAUCUUGAAGGUCAACACUUUCACUUUUGCCGGUACUCAGCUGGAGAUCACCGAUAGUGACGGAUCCAUGGCCAAGGCAAAUGAGGCAUCUGCUGCCGCACAAGAGACAAAACAAAAACUUCAAGGCAUCAUGUCACUCCGUUAUGAUAUGGAGAACAAGCUUCUACGUCUUGACGCUCUGAACCAAGAUGAAGGCUUGAUCCAGAUGGGAAUGUUGGAAUCCAAGGAUAGAGCGGAGAAGCUUUUCAAGGUCAUGAUGAGAAUCUGCGACGAACUGUUCAAAACACCACAGGCAAAGAUUGAUGCAAUCCACAGCAUCAGUCUAGCCAACAACAACAUUGACACAGUCGCACAAGUCGAAGAGAUGGCGGAUACCUUCCCUGAUCUCAAAAAUCUUGAUCUUAGCGGGAACCAGAUCGACAACAUCGCGGGCCUGGCAAGAUGGAGAUCGAAGCUCAAGAAGCUCGAGACUCUGUAUCUGACAGGAAACCCCAUCCCGAUCGCGGAUCCCAAAGUCGUCCUCGAGCUCAUCCACUUCUUCCCUAAGUUGCAAGUUCUGAAUGGUGAGCAAUUGACACCGGAACGAAUUGCGGAACUCAAGGCAGCUGGCCGUCCCAAACCGAUCCCUCAACGCGGGCCCGAUUUCAGGGACGCCAACGGCAUUGGUGAAGCAUUCCUGUUGGAAUUCUUCCUUGGCUUCGAUACCGACCGCACUGCUCUCCUCGCCAAGUACUACGACGACAACAGCCAGUUCUCUCUCGCCGUUGACACACGUGCUAUUAGAGACGAGAGCCAACCGCAGCCGAUGCCCUGGUCAUCAUACAUCAAGCAAUCUCGGAAUCUGAUGAAGAUUACGACCCCGGCCGCUCGAGCUGCCAGGCUGAUCACGGGCAGAGAGGCAAUCUGGAACCUGUGGAACGACCUCCCGAAGACACAGCACCCGGACAUCAAGGCGGAUAUCAGCAAGUACAUUAUGGACUGCCAUCUCCUGCCUGGCCUUGCCGACCCUUCUGGUCAAACCCAAAGCGGCGUAGACGGCAUGAUCAUCUCAGUACAUGGUCAAUUCGAAGAGUGCGACAAAGCUGGCAAGACGGGACUGAGAAGCUUCUCCCGCACAUUCGUUCUGGGACCCGGACGCCCCAAUACCAAUCCAAUCCGCGUCGUCAGCGACAUGUUCUCCCUCAGAGCCUUCAACACCCUCCCGAACGUCUUUGUCGCCGAAGCCCAAGCACCGGCCCCAUCUGCUCAGGAACAAGAACAACGACAAGCCAUGAUCGUCGAGCUAUCGAAGCAAACGACCAUGACACCCGCCUACUCAGAAAUGUGCCUGUCCGAUGUCGCGUGGGACUUUACCAGAGCCUUGGCAGUCUUCCACGAGAAAAAGUCUCAAUUACCACCAGAUGCCUUUGCCAGUGUUUAG